CGCGCCUGGGUGGAAGUCCGAUAGAGUUCCCCCCAGCAUGAUCUCCCUCCGGAGCCGCGGCCUCCGAGCGGCCGCUACCUUCGACAGACGGCACCCUCCGUGGGCGCGGUUCAGCGGCGACAGCGCAGAGCCCCGGGCUCCGCUCUUCGACGUGGUCGUCGUGGGCGGAGGACACGCUGGGACCGAGGCUGCCGCCGCCGCCGCCCGGUGCGGCUCCCGGACCCUGCUCCUUACACACCGCGUGGACACCGUGGGUCAGAUGUCAUGUAAUCCUUCCUUUGGUGGCAUUGGAAAGGGACAUUUAAUGAGGGAAGUAGAUGCUUUGGAUGGCUUGUGUUCUCGCAUCUGCGACCAGUCUGGUAUACAUUACAAAGUAUUAAACCGGCGCAAGGGACCAGCUGUGUGGGGUCUGAGAGCUCAGAUUGAUAGGAAGCUCUAUAAACAGAACAUGCAGAAAGAAAUCCUGAAUACACCACUGCUUACUGUUCAGGAAGGAGCUGUCGAAGACCUUAUUCUGUCAGACCCAGAGCCUGAGCGCCCCGGGAAGUGCCGUGUCAGUGGUGUUGUUUUGGUGGAUGGAAGCACAGUAUAUGCAGAGAGUGUGAUUGUGACUACUGGGACGUUUCUGAGAGGCAUGGUUGUCAUUGGCGUGGAGAUGCAUUCUGCAGGACGUUUAGGGGAUCAGCCUUCUGUAGGGUUGGCUCAGACGCUGGAGAAGUUGGGGUUUGCGGUGGGAAGGUUGAAGACUGGGACUCCACCUCGAAUUGCCAAAGAGUCUAUUAACUUCAGCAUUCUAAACAAGCAGACCCCAGAUAAUCCACCUUUACCGUUCAGCUUUACCAACAAGACAGUAUGGAUUAAGCCAGAAGACCAGCUGCCAUGUCACUUGACUCACACCAACCCCCAAGUGGACGAGAUUGUCCUGGAGAACCUUCACCUGAAUAGUCACGUCAAGGAGACUACACGAGGACCCCGAUACUGUCCCUCCAUUGAGUCGAAGGUUUUGCGUUUUCCAAACCGUCUACAUCAGGUCUGGUUGGAACCUGAAGGAAUGGAUUCUGACCUUAUCUACCCCCAAGGGCUGUCGAUGACACUGCCAGCGGAGUUACAAGAGAAAGUGAUCACAAGCAUCAGAGGCCUGGAGAAAGCGAGAGUGAUCCAGCCAGGUGAAGAGGGUCGUGGCCGUCCUUGGGUUGUGUGUGCUCAGGCUCGGCACUGUUUCAACAGGCAACAAGGAGGCUAUGGUGUUCAGUAUGACUACUUAGAUCCCCGUCAGAUCACUACUUCCCUCGAGACGCGCUUGGUUCAACGGCUUUUCUUUGCUGGACAGAUAAAUGGCACCACCGGUUAUGAGGAAGCUGCAGCUCAAGGUGUGAUAGCUGGAAUCAACGCCAGUCUUCGGGUCAGCUGCAAGCCUCCUUUUGUUGUUAGCCGAACAGAGGGCUACAUAGGAGUCCUGAUUGAUGACCUCACCACGCUGGGUACCAGUGAACCCUACCGCAUGUUUACCAGCCGAGUGGAGUUCCGCUUGUCACUGCGCCCUGACAAUGCCGACAGGCGGCUCACACUGCGAGGAUAUAAGGAAGCUGGCUGUGUGUCCCAACACCGAUAUGAAAGAGCUUCUUGGAUGAAGUCUUCUUUAGAGGAAGCCAUUUCUGUGUUGAAAUCCAUUGAGCUUUCAAGCUCUAAAUGGAAAAACUUAAUCCCAGAGGUUUCUAUAAGUACGAGUAGAAGUCUGCCUGUCAGUGCUCUAGAUGUUCUGAAAUAUGAGGAGGUUGACAUGGAGUUAUUAGCCAAGGCUAUUCCAGAACCCUUGAAGAAAUACGCUGUGUGCAGAGAGCUAGCUGAAAGACUGAAAAUAGAAGCCACUUAUGAAUCAGUGUGGUUCCAUCAGCUGCAAGAAAUAAAGGAAGUUCAGCGAGAAGAAGCUCUCCAGCUCCCAGAAGACUUGGAUUACUUCACUGUCAGGGAUGUGUCUUUGUCCCAUGAAGUUCGAGAGAAACUAAAUUUCAGUCGUCCACAGACGAUCGGGGCUGCUAGUCGCAUACCUGGAGUGACACCUGCUGCCAUCAUCAAUCUGCUCAGAUUUGUGAAGACCACUCAGCAAAAACAAGCCCCCAGGAAUGAAUUGCCCAAGACUGAUCAACACUUAUGUGAUACAGACAAACUUGAAGAGAGGGAGUGAUAGCUUCCAAUUCAUGGGAGAGUUUUUAAAGAGUAUGUGGAUAAUUUGAUCAAUAUGAGAGUAUAGAUAAGAGAUAAGAAUUAUUUAGCACCUGUUACAAUAGCUGUAUUAGGUUACUGUGGAUUUGUCAUCAAUUUAUGAAGAGGAAAGAAAUAAUUGUGCUUUUUUGUGUAUCUGAAAAACGUUGUAAACAAUUUAUACUCUGUUCUAAGGAGUUCUAAUAUAUUAAUCCUAUUCAUAAAACUUUUUGCAGUGUUCAUCAAAGA